AUGAUCAAGUUAAACACUCUAAGGGUCGUACAACUGAACACGUUAUUAAGGGCAAAUGAUUUACCAACCACAGGCGCUAAAGCAAUUAAAAUUGAAAAGUUGCAAGAAGUUUUGGGUACCGAUGAGGUAGAUCCGAUGGAGCUUGAAGACGAUAGUGCGGUGUCCUCAAACGACUUACGCACGCAAUUGAAUAGUUUGAAAGAGGCAAUGGCAGGGCUAACAUUAGCUAUUGGCACCAUGAAUCGUAACCCAGAGGUCAUACCACGUAAUGAAGCAAAUCAGCAAACGAUAAACAACAAUGAUGGUAGGCCAAGCUCAAGUGUUGCGAGCUGGGAGUCUGCGGAGGAGUUACGAACGCCAUCAGGUCCAACCAUGAGAAUUCAGGAUAUGAUAGGGGUAAUGCCUGAAUUCGACCCAAUAAAAGGAACUACGACCUCAAGGCAAUUUAUAAGUCGAACUCAACAAUUACAACAAUGCUAUGGUUGGAGGGAAGAGAUGAUUUUGAUUGCAGUCCAGCACAAAAUGAAAGGUAUGGCCAAGCAGUGGCUGGAUGCACAAAAUGUUUUUAGUUCUUGGUCACAAUUUGUGCACGCAUUUGAAACAGACUUUCCGUCAACACAGAAUGCGGCUGAAACUCAUAAGACUCUUAUGAAACGCAAACGUAAACCCAACGAAAACUAUUUGGAGUAUUAUUAUGCCAUGUUAACGAUAGGUCGACAAGGUGGGGUGGACGAUGUAUCCAUCAACAUGCAUAUUAUCGGUGGGCUGAACGAUAGUAUUUUAACAAAAACUUUGGCAACGAUGAAUUUUGCGACGUGUAGCCAAUUGUUGGUGGCACUCAAAAAUUUAACGACAGUCAGCAAUGUAUCGGUGAGUCCAGCGACGGAAACUCAGCAAACACUAAGAGCCGAAGAGAAACCAAAACCGAAUCUGACACAGAUAAAAUGUUUCAACUGCAAUGAUUAUGGUCACAUUGCAGCCAAGUGCCAACGACCACAGCGAAAACCAAGGUGUACCAUAUGCAAGAAGACGGAUCAUGAAGCCAAGAAUUGUAACAAAAAGACUUCAGUUGCGAAGAUUGGUGACGAAACCGACCGAGACGGAGCACCUCCAAUUACGAAAAUUGUGGAGCUUAACGGAAGGCAACUCAACGCUUUCAUUGACACUGGUAGCGUAUGCUCAUUAAUACGCGCAUCGGCAGUAGGUGAUAUUCAGACGACAGGAACUCGGAGAUGCUUCACGGGGUUUGGAGGAUCCAAGGUGCAGGUCGCGAAACAGAUCAACGUACAGAUUACGGUGGACAAUGUUCCACGAGAAGCCAUAUUGUAUAUGGUUGCGGAUGAGAUGCUACCUUACGAUGUUUUAUUAGGUCGCGAUGUAUUACAGCAGGACGGGUAUCGCAUGGUGAUUGGCAAUGGGGUACUACGCCUGGAGGAAGACAGACGGACGGAAUUUAAUAUAUCUAGCUGCCUGUCGGAAGAAGAUAAGAACAAGACAGAAAAUCUUUUGUUAACGUUUAAGCAAUGUUUUGCAGAAAGCAUUAGCCAAAUUGGUAGGUGCAAGAACGCACAAAUGACCAUAAGUGUAACGACAUCAGAGCCGAUCUUAGGUAAACGGUACCAGGUUCCGUUUUCACAACGCCCGAUUUUAUCGGAAAUUUUAAAGGAACUGUUGGACAACGAUAUCAUUCGUCCGAGUGAUUCUCCACACGCUGCGUCUGUGCUCUUGGUUAAGAAGUCCAAUGGGGAGAGUAGAAUGUGUAUUGACUUCCGAGCAUUGAACGAAGUCAUGGUUAAGAAAAACUAUGUUAUGCCAAUCGUGGAGGAACAGCUUUCACGUCUAGCUGGCAAUAAAUAUUUUACGACACUGGACAUGACUUCCGGCUAUUAUCAAGUUCCUAUGAACGAAGAAUCGGAGAAAUAUACUGCAUUUUUAACGCAUGAAGGACUAUUUGAACACAACGUUAUGCCUUUUGGUCUGGUGAACGCUCCAAUGGUCUUCCAGGAGAUUGUUGUAAAUUUGAUAAAAACGCUUAAGCAUCGGGACAAAGUGGUAAGCUACGUGGAUGGUCAUCAUAGCCACGAAGUCCGUUGA